AUGAAGUUUGAGAAUGUGCUGGCAGAGGUAAAUGGCUUUGGGAGAUUCCAGGUCAGGAUGAUCAUCUUGUUGAUAAUUUCUCGAAUGACUUUGCCAUUUCACUUUCUGCUGAAUAAUUUCAUCGCGGCUAUUCCCUCUCACCACUGUGACAUCAGCUCUCUGAAUGAUGGAGAUUUUUUUAGGAAUUUAUCUCAGGCAGAGAGGCUUGUUGUUAGUAUUCCAAUCCAAGAGGAUGGAACUCCAAACUCCUGUCGGAUGUUUGCAGACCCUCAGUAUCAUCUGCUGCUCAACUCCUCCAACAUGACUGAAAUCACUACAGUGCCGUGCCAGAAUGGAUGGGUGUACGAUGACACAACAUUCAAGUCGACUCUAGCCACAGAGUGGGAUCUGGUUUGUGAUAAGAGAAGACUGAACAGAGCCAUGGCCACUAUCUUCUUCAUGGGGGUCAUGCUUGGAGCAGCAGUGUCUGGUUAUCUUAGCGACAGGUUUGGCAGGAAAAGAGCACUUCUGGUGUCCUAUGUGACAACCACCCUCUUUGGAUUUGCAAGUGCUUUCUCAUAUAAUUUAACCAUGUUUGUUGUCAUGAGGUUCUUUACUGGACUUGGAAUUUCUGGAAUAAUGAUAAUCAGCUUUGCCCUUUGUAUUGAAUGGGUGGACAUCAAGCAUCGAACUGUAGUGGGCAUUUUAUUGAGCUUGGACUGGACUGUUUUUCUUAUUCUGCUGCCUCUUGUGGCCUAUUUUCUGAACGACUGGAGGCACCUGACUGCUGCUGUAACCACCCCACUGUUUCUAGCAAUGAUCUCUUGGUGGUGGCUCCCUGAGUCUGCCAGGUGGCUUAUAAGCAAUGGGAAAGUCAACAGUGCUCAUUUUUACUUGAGUAAGUGUGCAAAAGUCAACAGCAGAGAGCAGUUCAUGGUUGACAUAAAGCCUGAGAAUUUGUCCAAAGUAAUACUUGUUGAAAAUGAAAACAAAAAAUAUUCUUGUGUGGACCUUGUGAAGACACCAGGGAUGAGGAGACUUGCUCUACUUACUGGCGUUGUGUGGUUUGGAGUAGCCUGUACUUAUUACGGGAUCAGCUUGAAUAUCGCUGGAUUUGGUGUGAACAUUUAUCUCACACAGUUCCUCUACGCCGCCAUUGAAAUGCCAGCAAAAUUAUUAGUCGUUUUCUUCUUGGUCAGAAUAGGUCGAAGGUUGAGUCAGACUGCAGCAAUUGUUCUGACUGGACUGUGUGUUUUCUGCAACAUGUUUAUCCCUCAAGAAAUGAGGUCGUGCCGGACAGCUGUAGGAGCUUUGGGCAAGAUGUUUGCAGAGGCAGCUUUUACAAUCGUUUAUCUGUAUACAGCAGAGCUCUACCCCACAGUGAUGAGACAAAAUGGAUUGGGUUAUAGUUCGUUCAUGGCCCGUAUCGGAGUGUCUGUAUCCCCACUGAUCUCUCUCCUUGAGGAAGUGUGGCUCCCUCUACCGAGUACCAUUUUCUCCCUGCUUGCUUUUGCUGCAGGCCUGACAGCUUCUUUUCUUCCUGAGACACAAAACAUGCAUCUUCCAGAGACUAUUGAAGAUGUGGAACAGACGAGGUACUUUUCCUUAUUUCAUAAUCCUCACUGCACAUCCAAACAUUCACAAUGAAUGUUAAAUGUUAUAAAACAAAAAUAUCUUUUCUGUUUCAGACGACGAUCGAACACCGCUUGUGAAGAUACAUCUCUGCCUUAAAUGUUUUCUUCAUUGCAACCAAAAGGCGACUAAAAGACUCUGAGGUCCAGUAAUUGGUCGCAGGGACUUCCAGGGAAUAUCAGUGGACAUGCUCACGAAUACUGGGCUGCAGAGACAAGCUGUAAAAGAAAUCACAGUGUCAAUUUAUAAAAGUGUUAUAGCAAGCUUGUUAGCAGUACACAGUACUUUAACAGUUUCCUAUUUACACAUGAAGCAGAUAUGGAGUAAGAAUUCAUUUGUUUCUGAUCACAUAGCAAAUAAAAAUCUAACAUUCACUUUCCACUAACUGUGGAAUGGUGAAAACUGCUGCUCACUGCAUGUGAGAACAAUGGAGACAGGAGCAGUAACAAUAAAAUUAAAACAAGCCUUAAAACUAAGAGGCAUGAUCUGAUCUGAAGCGCUUCUUACAGCUGAGGCUAACUGUGGAGUGAUGAUUCUCUGUGGGUUCAUCGCUACAGUCAACAUCUUUCACACAGAUGUAGUCUGACUUUUUAAAAAAAGCACAUACAGUAUAUAAUGUUGUACAAUGUAGCAUUUCGUGAUUACAUUUACUACAAAACCCUACAAUGAUUUAACUUCUGUUGUACUUUUCAACAUCAACUUUUUUUUUUUCCAGAUUUGGUAAAAGAAUUGUCAACAGGGGCUGUAUAUGAACACACAAAAAUGUCCUUAAAGCUGCAAACUAAGUUAGUGGUAAAAGGCAUUUAUUGUUUAAGUAAAUUGAUAUUGGAUUAUUAUUGUUGGAUAUGUGUGAAAUUACAUGUGUUGACAUAUCAACUGUUUUACAUGCUUGAAUGAAUAAAUAAAUCAAAUCAAUUGUUUAACUGAAAUGGGGGGUCAAAGUUCUACUUGUUAAUUACAUACAACAUGCAGAUCUGUAGUAAAAUAAAGUAUUUUAAUGAAAAGUGCCUGAUUGUUUCCUGAAGAGCUCACUCAAUAUUUUGAUUAUCUCAUAAGCUGAGCUUCCUAUUAGAUGAUACAAAAAAGGAAAUUAACUUCAAGAAAAUGCCCGUUAAGAUAAAAAAAAUAAAACAAAAACCAACAACAAUGUACUAAGUUGUUCGACAGAAAAAGAAAUAUGUUUAACAGUUUACUGUAGCUAUUUAAACCUGGGUACUGGAGCAUUGUAUACAACAGCCUAAAACCUUUCUUUACCAAAUAUUAACACAAAAAAUUUUAACCCAACAGGGACUACAAUACUUGAGCAACAACUGGCUUCACUAAUUGAUAUGUACACAGAAAUUAAGUCAAAGCUCCUUUAUUAAAGAAACAAAGCAAGCACAAAUCUUUUUUUAAUGACUCAGCAUUCUUCAAUAGGAAAAAGUCAACCACCUAGAGGCCGACACGUUUCUGAUAUUCCUUUUGAAAAUUUUCACAGCCAGGUCCAAUAUUUGCUGCUGAUAUUUCAUCUGGCAUUACAUUUGGUUACAGAAUAAACAUUGAUAGAAAAAAAAAAA